AUGCAACGUGCAUUGACUUCAAAGGCUUCGGUCCUCGGCCGUUCUUCCACCUCGAAGCUCCGUCCUAUUUCUUCUAUGGGUUUCAAUGCUCAGCAGUUGAGAUUCGCACACAAGGACCUCAAAUUUGGUGUCGAAGCCAGAGCUUCCCUCCUAGCUGGUGUUGAGACUUUGGCAAAGGCAGUGGCAACAACUUUGGGACCCAAGGGACGAAACGUAUUGAUCGAGUCAAGUUACGGAUCUCCAAAGAUCACCAAGGAUGGUGUUACUGUUGCCCGUGCCAUUACUUUGAAGGACAAAUUCGAGAACCUCGGUGCCCGACUCAUCCAAGAUGUUGCAUCGAAGACAAACGAGACUGCUGGUGAUGGAACAACUACCGCCACUGUAUUGGCACGCGCCAUCUUCUCCGAGACUGUCAAGAACGUUGCUGCCGGAUGCAACCCUAUGGAUCUCCGCCGCGGAACACAAGCAGCCGUCGAGGCCGUUGUCGACUUCCUACAAAAGAACAAGCGUGAUAUCACAACCAGCGAGGAGAUCCAACAAGUUGCGACGAUCAGUGCCAAUGGAGAUAUCCACGUUGGUAAGCUGAUUGCCAACGCUAUGGAGAAGGUUGGAAAGGAGGGUGUCAUCACUGUUAAGGAGGGAAAGACCAUGGAGGACGAGCUUGAGGUUACUGAGGGCAUGCGAUUCGACCGUGGCUUCGUUUCACCAUACUUCAUCACCGAUACCAAGUCGCAGAAGGUUGAAUUCGAGAAGCCAUUGAUCCUUCUCUCCGAGAAGAAGAUCUCGGCUGUUCAAGAUAUCAUCCCAGCCCUUGAGGCAUCCACCCAACUCCGUCGACCAUUGGUUAUUAUUGCCGAGGACAUCGAUGGUGAGGCUCUCGCAGUCUGCAUCUUGAACAAGCUUCGUGGCCAACUCCAAGUCGUUGCUGUCAAGGCUCCUGGCUUUGGUGACAACCGCAAGUCCAUUCUCGGAGAUCUCGGUAUUCUGACAAACGCCACUGUCUUCACUGAUGAGCUCGAUAUCAAGUUGGAGAAGGCUACCCCAGAUAUGUUCGGAACUACCGGAUCUAUCACCAUCACCAAGGAGGAUACAAUCAUCUUGAACGGUGAGGGAAGCAAGGAUGCCAUCAGCCAACGCUGUGAGCAGAUUAGAGGCGUUAUGAACGACCCAACUACCUCCGACUAUGAGAAGGAGAAGCUCCAGGAGCGUCUUGCUAAGCUCUCUGGUGGUGUUGCUGUUAUCAAGGUUGGUGGAUCGUCAGAGGUCGAGGUCGGCGAGAAGAAGGACAGAUACGUGGAUGCUCUUAACGCAACCAGAGCUGCCGUAGAGGAGGGGAUCCUCCCAGGUGGUGGAACUGCUCUCCUCAAGGCAGCCAGCCAAGCUCUUGGCGGACUCAAGCCAGCAAACUUCGAUCAACAGCUCGGUGUCAGCAUCAUUAAGAGCGCCAUUACCAAGCCUGCACGUAUGAUCGUUGAGAACGCUGGAAACGAGGGCUCUGUUGUUGUAGGAAAGCUCAUGGAUGACUUCGGAUCCGACUUCAACAAGGGAUACGAUAGCUCCAAGGGCGAGUUUGUCGACAUGAUUUCUGCCGGUAUCGUCGAUCCAUUCAAGGUUGUUCGCACUGCAUUGAUCGAUGCCAGCGGUGUUGCUUCGCUACUUGGUACUACUGAAGUUGCCAUUGUUGAGGCACCAGAGGAGAAGGGUCCCCCCGCCGGUGGUAUGGGUGGUAUGGGUGGAAUGGGUGGUAUGGGCGGAAUGAUGUAA